CCACUAAUGGAAAGUUAUUUUAAAGAAAUAGUAAAAUAUUAGCAUUGGCAUGAAAGCAGCUGUGAAAAUUUAAUAAUAUCACGCGGUUCUCAAGUGACUUAUACAAAAAAAAAAACAAAAAAAAAAAAAUACAAAAAUAAUCUCAAAAUAUAAAUAAACAAAUUUAACAUUGAAAUAAUUGAAUUAAUAAAUUUAUUUAUUUUUCAACUUGGCGACUAUGAAAACUCUUGCCAAAAAUUAGUUACUUUUGCAUUUUUUAUCAAGUGGAAAAUCUGAAUCUGAAAAAUUUCUGCGCAGUGAAAUUAAUUAAUCGCUUUUAAUGAUCGAGUCUCUGGUUAAGGCCAAUGAACGGUCCCGGCGAUAUUCCUUUGAAUGAGAAUAGUAGCACCCCCGACACAAAAUCCUGCAGUAUAAUAUCUGUAAUUCCCACACUAGGCAUGUCAUCAUGUCGUGGUAGAGCCGAGGCUUUCGCGCGUAGUUUAUCCUCCAAGUUACGCACAUUGGGCACACAGAAUGACGAUGGCGUACUAUCGCCCGAGGAGGUGUCUAUAAUCAAUGAAAACAACUCAACAAACACAUGGAAAACCACAAAUGACUCUGAGCAAGCGGUCACCGACUUGCAACCGCUACGUCAUGAGUCCGAUUCGUUCUUCGAUUUUGACUGUGAACUAGAAAGUCCAGGCAGUCCAGUUGAUGAGUGUGAGUAUUUGCGACUUAUCGAGACAGCAUCGAAUACACCACACAAUUCGGCGGCCGAAUCCGGUUGUAUUUGUGCGUCGACCUCAAGUAGUCGCGGUUCCACAGAUGUGCCGUACUUUGAUCACAUUCAUAAUGAGGAAGCUACAAGUGUCGCACCUGAUUUUGUGCCUACACUACACAAUGGCUAUGACACGAAUGAGCAUGCGCAUGACACACCUGAUGAUGUGUCUGCAGAGAAUUGCAAAAAUCAGGACGAAAUUGAUAAUACAGCGGCUGCAAAGAAGGAACUACAAGACGAGCCUUUGGUGGAGCUACAGAAAAAUGACGAAACUUUAACAACUGUGGAUUUGGCAACCAUACAAGAUGAGAUUAUCAAUGAACUGCAAGAACAUAGCGCACGCAUUGGUAAUAUUAUUGAGACCAUGCAAAUACAAGCAAAUAACGAAAACAAUAUUGCUUACGAAACAUUGCACACUAAUCUCUCCAAUGGCAACACUGAAACUGAUGCACAUAUAAAUCUUGACAAUAUCGAGCAAUUGCACACUGAGACGACUGAAACCAGCAAUACGGAAAAUACCGCCCAAAAUGAAGUACAAAUAGGGUUAGACUCGUUAGAAACAGACGAGUCGACGACCCGUACAAGCACUCAGGAAACCACUGAAACUAAUCAUACACCAAAAAAAACCAAAGAAGAAAAGUCCGCAUUCGAUGGACACGAAGAGGACGAAGACGAUUGUCGGCCGCAACGUGUAAGGCGCUGCUCGUCCUUGAAAACCGGUAAAACACCACCGGGUACACCAGGUCGCAAGAAAAUAGUGCGUUUUGCGGAUGUGUUGGGACUCGAUUUGGCCGAUAUCAAAACGUUUCUCGACGAAAUACCAACAAUACCGAAAUCUGCAUUUGAAGAUUUGGAAGUAUUGGAAUCGGAACCACCCAUACAGCUUGGACCAAAAUCUGACAAGCUGCUAAUGCCGCUAUUUCAGCAGCCCGGUGGACUGCCGAACUUUUUGGAUCUUGUGCGCGAGAAGCAAGUUUCACUGGAGAACGCAGCGGUAACGGAUCACAUCAAUCAGACGAUUACCGGCACGGUGCGCGUACGUAAUUUGGAUUUUAACAAGUCAGUGCACAUACGUUACUCACUGGAUAAUUGGCGUAGCUAUGCCGAUUUGCAGGCGAACUAUGCCGAAAACUCUUGCGAUGGCUUUUCUGAUAAGUUCACCUUCUUUCUGUUCGGUAAUUCCUUGCAAAUUGGUCAGCGCAUUGAAUUCGCUGUACGUUUCCAAUGUAAAGGCCAACAGUUUUGGGAUAACAAUUAUGGAACUAAUUACUGCUUCCAAUGCUUGCCAGCUUCAACGCCCGCUAGUGCAACCACGCAGCCAAUACACGUGCGGACGACCACAAGUCACACGGCUGGCUUGUUUAGUCCGACCGUCGGUGAUGCAUGGUGCAGCUCCUUCUACUAGGGUAUUGGAGACAUGUUGAGCGAUGAAAUGUUAAAGAAACCAAAUAAAUAUAUAUAUAUAUAUAUUACAAUGUUAUUAAUACAGUGCAGCUGCAUACGAACACACACAAACACACACACACAUAUAUAUAUAUAUACACGAAUAUACACCACAUAGAUAUAGACAUUUAGCAAAAGAAUUCAGGGAAAAUACUCUCAAGACUCCUACUAACUAUCCACCUACAUACAUACAGACAUACAUACAUGCAUACAUAUAACAAGUGAACCCACCCUUCCAAAGCCAAAGAACAAGCAAAAUCACGAACGUUACAUUCAUAUAUACUUAUUAUAUGUAUGGAAUUAUGUAUAGUUUUUGUAAAUAUUAACACACUAUAAAUCUACAGACAUGUAUGUACGUAUAUGCACACAUCCAUACAUACAUACAGACAAAAUAAGAAUAAUUUACUUAUAGUAUAUUAUACUAUAUAUGUGAACAGAUGCCUAAAAACUAAAUUAUUUUAACAACAAUUUAGUCACGCACACAUAUACACAUACAAACAAUAAAAUAGCGGGUUAGCAGCCUAUAAUAUACUCA